AUGUCUUCGUCGACAAGUCUAAGGAGAGAGGUAAUUGGGAUAUAUAAAGAACUCCUCAACCUCGGGCGUUCCUACCCCCUCGGCUACACCUAUUUCCGCACCCGUUUACACCGCGCUUUCAUGAGCAAUUCUCAUUUGACGACUGCGGCUGAGAUACGCGCGGGGAUUGAACGGGCUGCGUUUGUAAGGAAGGAAAUUGAAGCAUUGUACGUUAGAUCCAUCACAUCACUUACAUUACCACAUUAUCACAUUACCACAUCGCCAAAUAUCCUCUUCGUCUACUCAAUUACUCGUUGUGAGAGCCUGAGAAGAUUAAAGUGA